AUUAAGUUAGUUAGAUAGUUCAACUUAGAUUGCGCGGUUUAGUUGACAAUGGUGUUUUUAGUGAUUUUGACGAGCAUAGUUUGCUUGACUGUUACGUUCGUCCUAUGGAUGCGGAAAAGAUUCUCAUAUUGGAAGGAAAUGGGCGCUCCUUAUGAGGAGCCUUCCUUUCUUUACGGGAACUUGAAAGGGGUCGGAAAACAGGAUCACGACGGGCAGCUGAUUGAGAAAUUUUACCGAAAGCAUAAAGGCCGAGGUCCGUUUGUGGGAAUUUUCUUCUUCCUGGUACCAGUGGUUGUACCGAUAGAUCUUGAACUUGUGAAAAACAUCUUGAUCAGAGAUUUCAACUACUUUCAUGAUCGUGGUCUUUUCUACAAUGAAAAGGACGACCCUUUGUCGGGACAUCUAUUCACUCUACCAGGAUUAAGAUGGAGGCGAAUACGAAACAAACUUUCACCGGCUUUCACAAGCGGAAAAAUGAAAACUAUAUUCCCGUUGAUAGUGAAGAUCGCAAGAAGAUUGGAGCUUAAAUUAAAUGAGAUUAGCACGUCGGAGUCUCAAGUGGACAUUAAGGAUAUUAUGGCGCGAUUCACUGUUGAUGUUAUUGGAACUUGUGCCUAUGGGUUGGAAGCUAAUAGUUUAGAAGAUGGCCAGAAUGAGUUCUUCCAUGUUGGAAUGAGCGUCUUUGAAAAUCCUAGACACGGUACGGGGUUUACUUUCCUCCUGCUGGCCUUUCGAGAAUACGCCCGGAAGUUAGGUUUCAAAACAUUCCGGGAUGAAGUUAUCAAAUUCUACUCAAGUACUAUCCGAAAAGUUGUAGACUAUCGUUUAGCUAAUAACAUUGAGAGGGGUGACUUUAUGGACAUCCUGAUUAGGUUGCAUGUGGGUGGCAACGAGGAACCCCUGACUUUUAACGAACUCUUGGCGCAGGCUUUCGUUUUCCAUAGUGCAGGCUUUGAAACAUCUUCCUCGACCCUUCAAUUUUGUUUCUAUGAACUUGCUUGUAACCCUGUAAUUCAAGAGCAGACUAGGAGUCACAUCAAUGAGGUUUUAGGUGAACAUGGCGGUGAACUUACUUACGAAGCGGUGGCGGAUAUGAAAUACCUGGACCAAGUUAUUGCUGAAACCCUUCGCCUUUAUCCACCUGCUGGCAACCAUAUACGGGAAGUUACUCAAGACUACAAAGUCCCUGGUACUGAUUUCAUCCUCAAGAAGGGCACAUCCGUGAUGAUCCCCAUCUACGCAAUACAACGCGAUGCCGAAUAUUUCCCAAAUUCAACAAGUUUCAACCCAGAUAAUUUUACGGAAGAAAAUAUAAAAUCUAGACCGUUUGCUGCAUAUUUACCUUUCGGCGAAGGACCUCACAUGUGUAUAGGUGCUAGAUUUGCCAUGAUGCAAGUGAAAGUUGGGUUGGUAACAGGAUUACGUAACUACAAAUAUACACUCUCGGAAAGGACUGGACGCCCAUUGAAGCUUCAAUCGAAAUUCUUUCUUACAAAUGUGGAUGGAGGUAUUUGGUUGAAUAUUGAGCGAUUGAAAUAAA